CAGGGGAGGACUGACAACUCAUGGGGCCCCCGGGCAAUAGGAGAUCAUGGGGCCCCUGUGUCCUUGCCCAAACUCAAAAAAGGCUUUUUUGAGUUUGGGCAAGGACACAGGGGGCCCCAUGAUCCCCUAUUGCCCGGGGGCCCCAUGAGUUGUCAGUCCGCCCCUGGUCCCACUAUAAGUUGCUGGUCGCUGCCAUUACUAGUAUAUAUAAAAAAAAAAAACAAAAACAAAUCCCAGUAUCUAUACCACCAUUGGUAGACUCUAUAACUUCCACGUAAACCGAUGAAUUUA